AUCUAGCAGGAGAGCACAAGUUCCCUUUUCACCACGACUUUGUCACAUCUAGUCGCAUAUUCGUCAUUUUAAAGCGUAUUAAACCGGUCCAUAAAGAUGGGGAACCGGGUCGCCCGUGAAGACUAUGAGUGGGUUUACACGGACCAGCCGCACGCGGACCGGAGGAAAGAGAUCCUGGCUAAAUACCCAGAGAUCAAGACGUUGAUGGGCCCUGACCCGAGGCUGAAAUGGAUCGUGCUGAUGAUGGUGGCGAUACAGUUUUUAGCAUUCUACCUGGUCAAAGAUUUGGACUGGAAAUGGGUUUUGUUUUGGACUUAUGCCUUUGGCAGCUGUAUCAACCACUCAAUGACCCUAGCUAUUCACGAGAUCUCCCACAACACGGCCUUUGGGAACAACAAGGCCAUGUGGAACCGCUACUUUGCCAUAUUUGCCAACCUGCCCAUCGGCCUGCCCUACUCCGCCUCCUUCAAACGCUACCACCUCGACCACCACCGCUACCUGGGCGGGGACGGGGUGGAUGUAGAUAUCCCCACUGAGUUUGAAGGCUGGUUCUUCUGCACGCGCUUCCGAAAAUUAAUCUGGAUUAUGCUGCAGCCGCUGUUCUACGCCGUCCGUCCCCUCUGCAUCAACCCCAAACCCAUCACCCAGCUGGAGGUGACCAACGUGCUCAUCCAGCUCACCUUCGACGUCCUGCUCUGCUGGUUGUGGGGGCCCAAGCCUCUGUUCUACAUGCUGGCUGGCUCCAUGCUGGGGAUGGGCCUGCACCCCAUCUCCGGGCACUUCAUCGCCGAGCACUACAUGUUCCUCAAGGGCCACGAGACCUACUCCUACUACGGCUCCCUCAACCUGCUCACCUUCAACGUGGGCUACCACAACGAGCACCACGACUUCCCCAGCAUCCCCGGACGCAGACUCCCCAUGGUGAAGAAAAUAGCGGGAGAGUAUUACGACGAGCUGCCUCAGUACUCGUCGUGGGUGAAGGUCCUGUACGACUUCAUCAUGGACGACACGCUGAGCCCGUACUCUCGCAUCAAGAGGAAGCUGACCAAAGAUCUCAAACUGGAGUGAUUUCACCGUAAAAGCUCCUCUAGAACAAAGCUGCAGCGUCCACCAUGACAGCAGCCCGGCUCACAUCCCAUAAACUUAACCGCUUCUGCAUAUUAAUGCAUCCAGCAUGGGAAAUAUGAGUGGACGUUAUGAAAGAGUGCCUUUCCUUUACAGAAAGAGAGUGUAUUUGUUCUCCAGGUAGAAAAAAAACCUCAAAAAAGAUAUCAUGUGCAAGAUUAUGAUAUUAAUUGAAAAUAUAUGAGUUUUCGUUUGAGAACAGAGGGCUGGUUGCACGAAGAUUAUUAAACAGUCAUGAAAAAAAACUUAUUAGACCACCCUUUUUCUUCAAUUUCUUGUUCAUUUUAAUGCCUGGUGCAACUAAAGGUACAUUUGUUUGGACAAAUCUGAUGAUAACAACAAAAAUAGCUCAUAAGAGUUUAAUUUAAGGGCUGAUAUCUAGCCAUUUUCCAUGGUUUUCUUGAUAAUGAUUUAGGUUAUUGUUGUACCAGGCAUUAAAAUGAUUAAAAAUUCCCCUGACUGUAGUUCAAAAAGACUGAAUUCUAAGUAGAACUGAAUGAAGGAGUGCCAUAAAAUUUGGCUCAUAUACUCCUGCCCCCCAUCAUGAUGAAUUAUAAUCAAUUUGUUCAAUAGUUUGGUUGAAACAACUCCUACAUUUCUGUCUCUGUCACUGCUGUAAAAGUAAAACAGCCCUGAACGUAGGGCUGGGCGAUAUGGACCAAAAGUCAUAUCCUGAUAUAUUUAGGUUGAAUAUCGAUAUACGAUAUAUAUCCCGAUGUUUUAUCGCAAAGUGAGGGCCAAGUAGUUUUAUUGAAACUUUUUAUUUAAGUGAACAUACUGUAUAACAACAGGAAUACCUCUUUUUUUUUUAUCAAAUCAAAGCUCCAUAAAGUGCACAUUUAAAUAAAAAAAUAUCUUAAAUAAAAAUAGCCUAUGAAAUAAAAUAGGCCAAUCUUUUUCUGUAAUAAAUAUAUAUGAGAAAAAGAUACCGAACAUUACAAAAGAACUAAAUGUUACAAACCCUAGUAAGGGCAGCAUUUAUAUAUAUAUAUAUAUAUAUAUAUAUAUAUAUAUAUAUAUAUAUAUAUAUAAAGAAAAAAAAUGUAACUAUAUCGAUAUAAGCGCUAUGGUCUAAAUUUAGGGAUGGGCAACUGGAGGCCCGGGGGCCGCAUACGGCCCGCACCCUCACUUCAAGUGGCCCUCAGUACAACUACAUGCAUUUGAGCAUGAAAUCUUAAAAGUGCAGUGUAAAAGUACACAAAAUUACUUCUUGCAAUUAAUGUUGGUCUGCUGUUCUUGCACUGACAAAAAAAAUCACAGUAAGUGGUUAUUUUUUAUUUGCUUCAAACCUUUUGUAAUCCUGUUUAUACUGUUAUACAUGCAUUUGAGCAUGAAAUAUGUUACGUUACUGCACUUUAAACAUAUUUUAAAAUUGCAGUUUAAUCAUAUCUGGUUAAGUGCACGAUCCUAUAUGUGUCCAUGAAAAAUUGUGUCCCCUUCCAGUAUUUAAGUUGCCCAUCCCUGGUCUAAUUCCAUAUCACAUUUAAAAAUAUAUGGAUAUAUCGCCCAGCCCUACCUGAACAACAGUAAAACAUGUCCAGGCUGCUGAAAGAUGUUUAAACUGAGCUCCUGGUCCCCUCCCUGUUGUUAAACCGUUUGCGUUAGACUGUAACAACAAAACAAGAGCAGUAUGAGAUGUCUUCAUGCAACCAGCCCCAGAGGUUAGCCACCAGGAUUGCUACACAGCCAGCUAAAGUUAAACCCACACAGGUAUUGUAUCAUCUACUCCUGUGAGGAUGGAGGUGUUUGCUCUGCAGGAUGGUGUUCUGCCACAGAGAUUAAUUAUUACAGCUGAAUGAACUCAGACAUGUCUCACUCAGUUUUUGGAGCCCAGCUUUGCUAUUGUUUGACAGCAUCUCUGCUUGUGUGUGUGUGUGUGUGAGAGUGUGUAUCAAAGUGGACCAAAGUUGAACUCUCUGAAUCCACCCCUCCGUAUGAAUUGUUGCAAAAUAUAUGAGUGUGAUCGGAUGUGUUUGAUAGGACACGUAUUAAGUUCACGGGGAGGCCUGCACAGAUUGUUGCUUUAUAUCCAGGUGGAACGGUUCAAGCUUUUCUUGCCUCUGACCACUUUUUUUUUUCUGCUCUUUUAACUUGUAACUCUUUAAUCUGCCGCCACAUUUCCACCUAUUGUCAAAACUUCCACACAAACCGUUAGAUGUUCCUCAUCAGAGCCUCAGAGCUUUGUUUUUAAUUCCACAUUUGUGGUCUCCAAUUUAAAUUUUAUGAAGUUACUCACUUUAAAUGUCUUAAUCACUGGAAUGUGUUGUUCUUUUUUUUGUCCACUUCCUCUCUGUUGACUCCAUGUCUCUGUCUGGUGUUGUUUUGGUUGGAGACUUGGAAGAUUUGGAGCUAAAUUUCAUGGUUGAAUAAGCUGAUAUUCUGCCAUUUUUAUAUCCAGUAUUAUUCAUUUUGACUGCUUUAAACUCAAAUAAAUAAAUAAACGUGAAUAAAUAAAUCAACUUAUUAUUUGAAUUUCUGGACUAGAUGUAACAAACUGUCGUGUGGAUCUGUGUGAGUUCCUGAAAUAACAUGUUGGAACGUAAUAUUUUUACCAAAUACUGAAAAUGACAUGUUCAAUAAAUCAUAAGUAAUUACA